AUGGUCUAUCUGUCUGCAUUCGAGUUUCCAGAUUUGCAAUCCUUGCCUCUGAAGAUGUCAGAAUAAUUGAAGACUAAAGUAGCAGCAUCAAGAAAUCCCAAGCUGGUAAAAAUGGAGGACAAAACCAGAAAGCUAUCUCCAUCUGUAUAUGCACAUGAAAUGUCUCAGUCGACAGAGGAGAGACAUACUACUACAAAUAAGAUGUCUCCACCUCGCAUUCUGGAACUUUUAGACAUGAGUAAGACAACACAUCAAAAGUUUUCUGCUGUAGAUGUGGACCAUCCUUUCUUCCAGCCAUACCCGUCUGAGAUUGUGUUCCAGAACUAUCUGCCCUCUGAGAUGUAUGAAGUGCCACUGGUGUUACGCAAUAAUGACAAGAUCCCUCGCCUUGUGAAGGUGGUUAAAGACGACUCACUAUAUUUCAAAGUGGUGAGCCCAGUAGAUUUAUGCAACAAAGUGGCCCCAGGCAUGGCGUUCACUUUUACAGUUCAAUUCACUCCACAGGAGAACAAGGAUUAUAGCCACCAAGUAAUCUUUAUGACUGAGAGGGAGAAGUUUGAGGUACCCAUCCGGGCAAUAGGGCCACGUGCCAUCCUGGACUUUCCAGAUGAGCUGCACUUUUCUCUGUGUCCUGUGAAAUGUUUAUCUCAGAAAACCCUCUUUGUACGCAAUAUUGGAAAAGGCGAGGCCAAAUUUCAGCUCAGCACACAGAACCCAUUUUCUGUAGAACCUUCAGUAGGAGCACUUAGUGUUGGCAAGAGUAUGCAGGUGACUGUUGAUUUUCUACCCACAACUACAGGAGACCACAGCCAACAACUGCUCCUCCAUUACCACACAGGAGAAGAUAUUUACAUAAAUUUGUAUGGAGCCUCCACAGAUAUAAAUGUGAGGUUGGAUAAGAAUUCACUGUGGGUGGAAAAGACUUACAUCUCCAUGGCUAACCAGUGCACAGUGGCUAUUCUGAACAGAAGUGACACCAUAGUGCAUUUCCAGUGGAAGAGCUUUGCCACUGAGGUGGAAGAGGAACAGCAUAGACUCAGGUUCUUUUCUAAGCUGCAGCAGGAAGAAGAUGAUGAGAUGGAACAGUUUUUAACAGAGUGUGACGCUGACCCCACUCUUCGAGACCGCCUCUCCCUGCUCUCACGCACCUUCCAGGACAGACGUAAGCAGCCUCAUCAGGACCGGCUAGUUUUCAGUGACCAGCAUAUCAUCAUAGAGCCACAGGAGGGGGACAUCUGGCCAAACUGCACAGCAAAAAUCAACGUUAUCUUCAAGCCCCAAGAAGCCAAACUUUACCAGCACACUGUAUACUGUGAUGUCACAGGCAGAGAGACUUGUUUGCCACUGCGAAUAAAGGGGAAAGGCAUGGGGCCCAAAUUGCAGUUUAACUUUGAUCUACUGGACAUUGGCAACAUUUUUGUUGGCUCCAAGCACUGCUAUGAGGUGCUUGUGAGCAAUAAGGGACUUAUAGAUGCCCCCUAUAGUCUCAUGCCUCCUACUACAGCUGUGGGCCUGUGCUUUUCCUUCAGUCCUCCUGAGGGCAUGGUGCCACCUGGGGCUUGCCAUGUCCUGGAGGUCCACUUCUUUUCUGACAAACUGGGCACUUUCUCCGAGGAGUUUUAUUUUACUGUUUUGGGAAAUCCCCAGCCUCUCAUUCUCACAUUCAGGGGGUGUGUAAUAGGCCCGACGUUUCAUUUUAACAUUCCUGAGCUUGACUUUGGACAGGUAUCCUUCGGCUUUCCUCAAACACUAACCUGCUCACUUACCAAUUCCUCAUUGGUAUCUAUGAAUUUUGGUCUACGGAUCCCUAGUGAUGGGAUGGGGAGAGAAAGUGUGACCAGUACUGAGCAGGUAAGAGAGCUGGACAGGAAUGACUGGAAGCCAGGAGACAGGGCACAUGAAAGGCCUAGAGAAUUCAGAGUGACACCCAGUUCUGGCACCAUCCGGGCUCAGAGCCAAAUGGACAUCAAGGUGACCUUGUGCUCUAAUACAGUGCAGCAAUACAGUCUAGCAAUGGUCGUGGAUGUUAAUGGAGUUGGGGAGGAGUUGUUAGCUCUCCCAAUUAAGGCUAGCUGUAUUGUUCCUGAAGUGCAUCUGGAGAGUUCUGUGCUUCAGUACCAGCAAUGUUUCCUGGGUUAUCCCUAUGAAAAGACCAUCAGACUGAUAAAUGAUACAAACCUCCCUGCAUGCUAUGGCCUUUUAGACCAGAAGUAUGAGGAGAACCCAUCUCUACUGUACUCUACUGUUCAUCCAAGAGGAGUGAUUCAGCCAUACAGUAUUGAAGAGAUUCCUCUGGUUCUCCAGGCUAAAACAGUGGGCCAAGUUCAAGUCAUGGCUCUUAUUGCAAUUUUAGGCCAACAGGAUCCUCCAUUGGAGUUGCUCCUGACCUGCAUUGGCCAGGGGCCAGUUGUCUCCAUCUCUGCCACUGAGCUACACUUUGGCACCAUCCCAGUGCUCACUGACAUCCCAAGGACGCUGCAGUUGUUCAACAAGUCCCCCAUCCCAGCCCAGUUCUUGGCACGAAUGGUUAAGAGUAACACUCUUUGGCGGGUGGAGCCAGCAGAAGGAGAGAUUCCCCCAGAAGGGCAAUUCAAACUGACAGUGGUGGCCUCUCUAGAUGAUACUCUGCCAUUCCAGGAUACAUUGCAACUGGCCAUCCACAACAGCCAAACCCAUACAAUACCCUUGUUUGCUACGGGGAAGGGCACUACUAUUGUCACUGAUCGGCCCUUUGCACCCCAUCUGGACCUUGGAACUCAUUUUAGCUCAGGUCCAUGCCAGUAUCACUUUAAGAUCACCAACAGAGGUCAACGAUUUCACAAGCUUUUCUGGACCACUGAAGGCUUUCCUCACUUCCGCUGCAGAGGCCCACCAACCACAAAAAAUCAACCACUCACUACUUCCAGUCAAGGCAAAGCCAGGAGUCAACUGGCAGCUUCAACUUUGGGUGCUCCUGUCUUCUACCUGACACCCACACGUUUGGAGCUUGGUCCAGGUCACUCAGCUGACAUGCUGCUGGAGGGCUUCUGUGAUACACCCAAAGUGGUAAGAGAAAGGAUGAUAUGCCAUGCCUUCGUGGGGAAUCAGAAUGGGAAGGAACGCAUCAUGACAGUGGAUAUCACAUGUCAAUUCAUCGCACCAAUCCUGAAUAUCUCCCCUCAGCAGCUCAACUUCUGUGUUGAAAAGGUUCCAGGCAUGCCCCUUGUGCCUCUGUAUGAAAAUCUUUAUCUGAAGAAUGUCUCCAUGUUGGCUCUCUCUCUGGAGCUUACCCUGGCUGAGCCAUUUGGUCUCUGUGACUGUAGCAGUGACGACUCAUUCACUUUCUCAAAGAGUCUGGUGAUGGGUAUUGGCGCUGAAGCAGAGAUCUGGGUGCGCUUCAACCCUCUUUACCAGCUGGAUUUAGUGAGCCGUGUGGCUGAGGAAGUGCUGGAGGUGAGCUACAGUGGGCACCCUCAGCGGGACACCGUGGCUCUGCGAGGAGAGGUACACUUUCCCAACCUGCACUUCUCAAGUCAUGUGUUAGACUUUGGCUGCAUCCUCAACUGCACAGAGGUCCAGAAGCAGCUUACCAUGACUAACUCCAGCUCACUCCCUGUUAUCUACCACUGGGCUUUUAUGCUGGGUCAAAAGCAUUACCCCAUCAGGCAGAGUAGAAUCUCUAACAUUCCACAAGAAGAAGAGAGGAAAAAUAAGAAGAUAAAACGAGAUUACGGUACCAAUGAGCAAAGAAGAGCAAAGGAGCAACUGACAAAUACACGCAGCUCUAUUCUACCGGGACAGAUCAGUAAAGCAUCUACAGCACAGAAACCAACAGGGUUAGAACUGGACAUCAGCACAGCCAUCAUAACAGUCAGAGAGACAAGUAUAAGUGUGGAAAAGAUAUUUGACAUUAUGCCAGUUUAUGGAGUUCUGCAGCCUGGUGAGAUGCAACAGGUGACAUUCUCAUUCGUUGGCCAUGCUGACAUCAGUGCUCAAGUCCUGGCUGUGUGCGUGGUGGAGGAAGGCCCAACAUAUGAGAUUGCCCUCAAAGGGGAAGCUUCACUGAUCACCUACACCUUGGAUACAACUGAGAUCGACUUUGGUCCUCAGUUAUUUGACCAUGUGGCAGAAGCAGAGAUCAUUUUGAGAAACACAGGAAAGGUGGGUUUUGACUUCAGUUUUCUGUUGGAGGAUCAGCAUGUGUCCCCAAAAGACACCUUACCUGGACAACCCCUUGUUAUUCCCAGCAUGGGCCACAUAAGGGCAUAUGAGGACAUGAAAGCUUCUGUGUACUAUCUUCCUGGAAUCCCAGAGGUUUUUAUGAAGGUGUUCCAACUACAGGUUGCCUUCUUUGAGCCAGAAAGCAUUACAAUUAUGGGAGAGGGCAUCUUUCCUAGAGUGUGCCUGGACCUACCUAGAGACCUAAAUGAAGAACAAUAUAGCUUAGUGCUGAAGCAGGCAAAGGAAGCAGUUGAAAGUGAAUCUCAAAGAGAAGACAUGCUAAGGAGACCUGGUACAGGGUUUGGUGAGACGUAUGAAGUGGACUAUAUUCCUACAUAUGAUGUGCUGCUGCAGAUGGAGGUUGAGAGGCUCCUAGUCACGGAAAACUCUAUAGCAACUGAGAAAUCCCAAAGAGACUCUGUACAAAGUGAAAAGCCUGGAUCUAUUUCUAGCAUGUGGCGCAAAAAGCUCAGCAGGUUUAUUUUGCCUGAGUACAUUCUGGACUUUGGACAUGUGAUUCACGGCACUGUGUCUACUCAUAUUGUAAAAGUGACAAACAGUGGGCCUCUUCCAGUGUCCUUCAGAGCUGAACAACGUUCUCUGGCAGGCACAGGAUUUAGUACAGAGUUGGACAGGGUGAAGAAUCUGCCCUACUGUGAGACAGAGACAUUUGAGGUGAAGUUUGAUCCACAAGGUGCAAAUCUAGAGCUUGGGGAGAUGAGCACUGUAUUGUCUAUACAGGUAUUUGGGGGUCCUACAUUACCAGUCCGUCUAUGUGCAGUGGUCACAAUACCCAACUUGACCACCUCUACUAACAUGUUACAGUUUGAUACUGUUCAAUGUGGCAUGUGUAAAGUGGCUAUAAUUCAGUUGCACAACCCUGAGCCAGUGCCCUGCAAGUGGAGCAUCAAAGAGGAGGAGCAGCCAAAGAGAAAGACUGAGAAGCACAUCCCACGUCACCUGAGACAGGAGGCUCGUUUAGAGAAGCUGACUUCUCCACUUAUCUUUGAGAUGUUGCCAUCCAGUGGUAUGCUGUAUCCUGGUGAUUGGAUUAACAUCCAGGCCAAAUUCAGUCCAGCUGAAGGGAAAACAUAUAGAGAGAAGCUGGUGAUAGCUGUGGCCCAGAGCACCCAGAGGAUCUUACUCUUAGCUGAGGGACAGGGAUUGGAGCCACAGCUAGAGUUUUCCACCUCAGAAAUCGAGCUAGGGCCUGUACUGCCCUACAGCUAUGGAGAUGAGGUUGAGGUGCUGGUCCACAACCCUUGCCAUUUCCCCAUUGAGUUCUACUCCCUGGACUAUGACAGCCAGUACCUGGAGGAAGAGAGGAUCUUGCGGUUGUUGAAAGGAUAUGAUGCACAUAAUAUAUUACUGUUGCCCCCUCGAGCCCCUGGUGAGCCUCUGCCUGCAGAAGUUGUAGACUACUACCAAGAUCACAGGCCCCAAAAUCCUGAAUCAGAUGUGGUCAAUAUCAACAACAGAACCAGCAGGAUCGGUGAUCUGGAGAUAAAUCCUGUUUCUAGAGCUAUUGCUCACUACAUGGGCAUUGAUUUGUCACCAUCAGGCCAAACUGUUCAAAGAACGAGGGGCAUUGCCAUUGUAGUGCAUGGUGCUCCACUGUCAGGUAAGACAGCUUUGGCUGUGAACUUGGCGAGGUACUAUGGUGCUGCAUGUCUGAACAUAGACACAGUGGUGCAAGAAGCUUUGUCAUCUGGAACCAGCACUGCAAGCAAGCAAGCCAGAGAGCUGAUUGGAGAUGCCAUGGAGUCUGUGCAAGGCACAGAAGAACAUACUGCCCCAGCUGUGUUAGAUGGGAAAACUGUGGCUAGUGAGACUGUAGGUAUUCUCAGCGUUGAGGCAUUAGCCCAACAUGCAGCUGAGGGUGUUCAAGAUACUGACUCUAAAAUCCCUACAUCCACUCUCUCAACAAACAAGACCAGCAUCAUGGGAGCAAAGAAAGACGGUGGCUCCAAUCCCAAUGCUUCAGUGUUUAUUGAUUAAUUACAGGCUGGUCCAACUCCAAGUGUGAGUCCAGCAGGUGAGCUGAGAGGCAUGAGCAGUUUACUGCCUGAUGAUCUACUGUUAGAGAUACUGUCAGAGAGACUACAGCUUAGUGACUGCAAUCAAGGCGUUGUGAUUGAUGGCUUGGAGACACUGUACUGCCGCUUUCCAAGCACUGCACUCCAUGUUAUCAUCAAAGCCUUCAACAACCGCCAGCACAUCUAUGUUAUCAACCUCACUGACAGCUACUUUGAAUUUAAAUCCAGAGAGAGAGCUCAACUGGAGCUGGCAGAGGCCUUACAGAGGGAACAGACUGAAAGAGAAAAGCUGCAUUUGCAGGAGAUGGACGAGGAUGAGUAUAAUGCCCUGUGUGAGGAAGAAAAAGAAAGUGCAAACCUGCUAAAUGAACUUAGGUAUAGCAAGCAAGAGAGGCAGCAGGAAAAGAAGCACGAGGAGGAGAAGCUCAAAGUGGCGGAGGAGAUGGAGAAAAAAAACAAGAAAGGAAAAAAGGAAGAACAUGCCCAGCCUGUUUUAGCACUGCACUCAGACACUGGACAGGAACAGCAGUCUAAAGUGAAUAGAAAGAUGUCUACCAGCACAGAAGCCAAAGACUCACUUUUAGGGGCUACCAGAGAACUUGAUAAAGGAGGCAAAAAGAAAGCCAAAGACAGCAAGCCACCUGACCAUGAUCAUUCUUUACUGCUACUGGAUCAACUGGAGAAAGAGCUGGUAACCGAUGCUGAAAGGCAGCUGUUUUCCCGGUUCCGUCUGUAUGAGCAGAGUCAGCCACGCAUUCAGCACAUGCUGCAGAACUGGGAUAGGACUAAAGGCCUUCUGCUGAAUUCUCCUCCUUCAGAGGAGCAGCAGCAGCGACAUGAAGCCCCAGAACUCCAUAAGCCGCAUACCAAGUUGUCCAAGAAGGAGCGGGAGAAAGAAAGGAUGAAAAUGGACACUGCUGAUCCUAAGCUGCUGUCGCCAACCCCCAAACAGACUCACCUAUUGUCCUGUGGCACAGAGGGUUCAGAGAAUGAGCUGGCAAUAGAGCUUAUACCCUACAUCUGUAUCUCUAUCAGCAAAAAAGAGGAGGCAAGCAUAGACAUGCUUCUCAGCAGUAUGAAACUGCCAUAUCUGGAUGAGGUUUUGGAUGGGUUAGGACUUGGACCCACAGGUCCACCCAUUCCUCCUCCCAUGCUGUUCUCAGUAGUCCAGUACCCCAAAAGAAGUGUGGUGUCCAGCUCCUAUUUUACUCCUGGUUGUUUCACCUUCUUGAUGCCCUCAUCUCUGGAAGUCUCAGCUGAGGAGAAGCGGGAGGCUGACUUGGUGACAGAAGCCUUAAGCUCUACUGUGUCUGGCAAGGAGGAUGUUACAACCCUUAACAAAGGCAAAGGGAAGAAUGCCAAAGUGAAAGAGGAAUCAGCCAAGGGGACCCCAAAAGACAAGCAACAAAUUCCUGCAAAAAAAGGACUAAUAGACUCUUGUUCAUCUCCAGAGCACAGCCAGCGAAAUAUGCCGCGAAGCUCUCCCGCGGAGUGAGGAAGAGGUGGGCAGCUUACUCAUUUCCGCUGGGUUGUGCCACCAAAUGGAGAAAUGACCCUGAGACUGUGGUUCCACUCGUCUGUGCCUGGUGAUUUUAAACAGACUUUGGGGUUUGAAGUGAUGGGGACCAAGCGCUGUUAUCAUCUCUACUGCAGAGGCAUCUGUGGUUUUCCAUCCAUCAGCAAAGACCAUAAAACAGUGUUUGCUCACUGUAAAAAGGCCAUGCAGAAAAAGAAUGACUUACAGAAGACAUACAUUAUCCGCUCAGGCCUGUAUGACUUCGGGCCCCUGCUUUGUGGAAGAAAUAGAGAAAGAUACAUGGAAAAGAAGUGCCCAGAAAAUGAAGAAAGACUAGUAAUCCACAACAACUCCCCCAUGGUGGCAGAGGUUAAUUUUUGCCUCCACCAGGACACCAAAUCCACCACAUUUAUCCUGGACCCUCUGAGCAUUGUUCUUAAGCCCAAUGAGAGAAAGGAGCUCAGAGUAUCGGCAUACCCUACCACUCCAGGUCUUAUAGAAGACAGUGUGGUGUGCUGUAUUAAGGAGAACCCAGAACCUACUAUCUUCCACAUCUCUUGCAAAGGAGUCCGACCAGAACUGGAAGUGAAUCGCAAGCAACUUAAUUUUGAUAAGAUUUUCCUGGACAGGAGACAGACGCGCACUCUGCGCUUGCACAAUCCCACUGAUCUCCCAGUUGCCUGGUGGCUGAGUGGCCUUGAGGGGCUGGGCGAGGAGUUUAGCAUUUUCCAGGACCAUGGCAUCAUCAUGGCACAUUCUGAGUUUUCCUUGCUCAUGCAUUUCCAUGCCAUAAAACCUAUUAGCCUGAAGAAGACCAUAAGAUUGGAGGUGUCAGAUGUAGAGAAUAUUCUUGGUGUUGUCCAUACUGAGAACAUUAAUAUUGUGGCAGAAGCUUAUGAUGUGGCCUUGGAAAUUACCUUACCCAAAGGUACGGACAACAGUCUGGACUUUGGCGUAAUCAAAGUAUCAGAAGAAGUGAAGUUAUCUGUUAAUCUGAAAAACAAGGGCAAACAUGAUAUUGCCUACAAGUUUGUCCUGGAGCCUACGGAGCCUCAAAUGCCUAACCUCAACUCAGUCUUCACAAUUACACCUCAAAAAGGCACUCUUCAUCCCUCUGACCGGUCCACAUGUGUCCAAGUAAUCUUCUGCUACAACAAGGAGGCGUCUCUUAGACAACAGCCAAUUUUACAAUGCCAGGUCAUUGAGCCAAAUAUUGAUGAAACCAUUAAGAUCAUACCCAUCAAAGUGUCUGUGCAGUGUGUCUAUUCUAAGUACAGCAUCUACCCUGCAAAUAACAUCAACUUUGGUCCAGUAGUCUAUGGUUCCUGCAAGACACAGACAAUUACUGUGGAGAAUAGGGGUGAAUUUGAAAUCUGUUUUACCAUCUCCAGAAUGUUUAAAGAUCUCCCAGCAUCUGAGCAAAAGAGAGGAGUAGGCAAGAGAACUUCCAGAGAGAGUAACUCUGCAAGACCAUUAUCCACAGCCAUGAAACCACGCCAGUCUGACUCUGUUCAGAAGGACAAUAAUAGGGACACCAUACCUUCUCAGACACUGCCUAUGGGGUUGUUCUCCUUGUCUCCAUGCUUUGGCAUCCUUUCAGCUGGUGCUCAGCAGGUGGUAACUGUGGACUGUGUGGCAGAGCAGUUAGGCUGCUGGGAAGAGUGCCUUGUGUUGGACAUCACUGAUCGAGACCCUUCUGACAGCCCAGGAGGCAUCCUCUACAGGUUACUAGCAGAGGUCUGCAUGCCAGGAAUAGCCCAUGAAGAUAUUGCGUCCAUCUUUGAAGAACACAGAUUGUGCAAGAACAGUAGCAUGCUACAGUGUGAGCAGUAUCAGGAGGCUAUGGGCAUCUAUAUCCAGGACGAGAACAAGUUUGUCUUUAGCAAUGUGUUAGUCGGCCAGUCAGCAAAAGCCCGCUUCCGUCUUACCAACCCUGGCAAAAUACCCUGUAAACUUAGUUUGCAGGUUAAAGCUGUCAAGAUGCUUAUGCGGAGCUCUGAGGUGUUUGAGCUUACCCCUACACGGAUGAAUAUCCCCAGUCACUCACAUGCCUUUGCUACAAUUACCUUCACUCCCCAGAACAUGCAGACCUACCUUGGAGUUUUUGAAGCCUCUCUAGAAGGGCCAACUGGUGUGUUUCCUUUGGGCAGGAGCAAGUUGCUGGUGUUUGAUUUGAUGGGAGAGGGCAAUUUGCCCUGUAUAUCUAUUCUAAAACCAGUUCAGAGACGCAAACAUGGACAGCCAGUCCUGCAGUUUAAGCGGCUUCUGGUAGACAAGAAACAAAUUCUCCCUCUGGUCAUCAAGAACAUUAGCAAUGUACCUGCACAGGUUAGCAUUGAUCUGCUUGACAAGAUCGGAGUCUUUGCUUUAAGGGCAGCUCCUGGCACUGCAUGCAGCUACAUCACCUCUUCAAACAUAGAAAGUGAACCUGGAACAGAAAGGCAGGUGGAUCAUUUGGCCUCCCUGGCACUAAUGGCUGGACAGCAAGCAGAGUUUGAGGUGGAGUUUCAUCCUGAGGUCACUCAAAUUUUUGAGGCCACCAUGCAGCUGUUUGUAAAAGACAACCCAUAUGAAAAGACACUGAUACAUCUCCUAGGAGAGGGCUACCGUGACAUCAUAUCUUUGGACAAUAUCAGCAGCAAGGUUCCUCAGGACCAGAACAGCACAGAAGCACCUCCUACAGCGAUAUGUGAUAUUGUGCACUUCGGAGACUGUCAUGUAGGCCGGCUUUACCAAAAGACCUUCACUAUGACCAAUCACAGCAACUCAGAGGUUCUGCGCUUUCAGUGGCCUCAGGGUGAGCCUCAUCUGUAUUUCUCACCUGAGAUAGGCCACCUCCAUGCCAGAUGCACCAAGGAGGUUACAGUAAGCUUCAACUCAGAGCAGCCCAUAGUGCUGACUGAAUGGGUGAUGAAGUGUAAACUCUGCCAGAUAACUUUCCAGCAGCCUGUGGACCAAGUGCCAGACUGGGAUGACCGUCACAGGACUGUCAAGUGGGUUGAUGUGGAAAAGCCGCUGUCACCUCAGAGACCAGCCAAGAAAAAGGUGGUAGAGACUGACCCAGAACCUGUCCAUUCAGUGGUGAAAAACUCGUUUAGGGAACUAGAAUUGGGGAUAAGUGUCACGUGUGAUUAUGCCAAGUUUGAGUGUGAUGCUGAACCUAUCCUUUUUAAAGACACCAUGCUCUUUCAAACCAGAGUUUUCCAAAUGCAAAUGGCCAAUAAAGGCACUGUGGAGCUUGAAUACUCAUGGCAGGUUAUGAUGGACACCUCUGAGAAGACUCAGGGCUUUGUUCAUGGAGACAUGACCCCCACUACUGCCAAAGGCAAUCAGACAGGGCUGAGGCCAUCCAGCAAUUUGAGGAGCUUGUCUACUCUGCUGUUAGGAGAUCCAGAGCUUCCUCCAUUCACUGUGGAGCCGAAUAUGGGACUUAUACUGCCUGGGACCUACCAGAUAUUUUAUAUACGCUUCUCUCCUCUAGAAGUAGCCCAUUAUGAGGCCAGACUAGUCUGCAGCAUCCCAAAUCUGAAGGACCAGCAAGGCCCUGUGAUAGCAGUGAAUGGACGCAGUAUGAUGCCUUAUUGCCAUUUCCACCUGGAAGACUCAGGAUACCUCACUGAUAACAUACAGAGCCUUGAGCCCCCUGGCCCACAGAGGUCUACACCCAGAGCCAAGCUGGAUCUCAACACCAAAGUUAUAGAAUUCACAUCCACAGGGGUCGGCACAUCCAUCUGCAGGACCUUCAGUGUCGUAAAUCCCACAAACAAGCCAUAUUCAUUGUUGUGGAGAUGUGAAGACUCGGAAGUUAAACCCUUCACCUGCCUCACACCAAAGGACUCCAUUCAGCCUGGCAAGAAAGUAGAGGUCUCAUUUAAAUACCAUGCCCAAGAACUAGAUUUGGUGGAAUCCUUCUGGACUUUCUUAAUUCCAGAGUAUAAGUUCUCAGUGCCCUUCCUGCUGGUGGGCACAGCAAAAGAUCCAAAUGUGUACAUUGAUCAUGCUCAUCUUAAUCUCGGCAGUCUGCUUAUUGGUCGUGAGGUCCAAAAAAUUGUGUAUUUGGUGAAUAGAGAAGACCAACCUUUCUACUUUGCUAUUGAUGAGGUCUCUCGGCAUACAAAGUCAUUCAGAGACAGCCUAAGACUGAAGCCCAUGCAAGGGACAGUACCCCCCAGAGACAAGUUCCCUGUGGCCAUAUCCUUCACACCCACACAAGAGGGUCUGGUGACAUUUAACCUACGCAUGGUGAUCAGAGGAAAGGUUCAGCCACUCACUAUGAACGUGAAGGCAGAUGGUUAUAACAUGAAUGUCUGUGUCCAAUAUGAGAGUCCAGAAGGGGCCAUAAUUGAACUUUCUGCUACUGAUUGUCAUCUUGUGAACUUCAAACAGGUGGAGAUGAAUAGUAAGUCCACACAUGCUUUUGUGGUGUUCAACCCAGGGAGGUUUGAUGUGGAUGUGCAGUAUGAGAUAACAGGGCCUGAAGAGCUGCACCGCCACCUACAGGUGGAGCCCACAACAGCUGUGGUACCAGUGGGAAAACGGAAUCAUUGCAUCCUCAGUUUCUUCCCUUUGCAGAAGUGUGACCUCAAAGAUAUGAGCUUCUUAAUCAAGAUAAAGGAUGGCCCAGUUUUCCGAUGCAUUCUGCUGGGUUCUGCCACCAGCCUGGGGCUGGAGUUUUCCUUCAUCAAGUACAAUUUUGGAAAGACUUUUAUUUACACUGAUGGCAUGGUGCCUGCCACAUGCACACUGUUAAUCAGCAACAAAGGGGAAAGAGGAAUCAGUAUGGACUGUUUAUUCUCCAACACCCCUUUUCUGGAAGUGGGUUUCCUGCCUGAUGUACUGCCCCCUUGUGGGAGCAUUGAGGUGCCUAUCACAUUCUACCCUCGAGAAGCAACGCACUACCAUGAAAAGGUAGUCUUUGAGAUAAAUGAGUGUUCCAGGCAGGUAGUGGAAAUCAUGGGGAAAGGAAUUGAGAUGAAGAUUGAUGUAGAGGAUCCAAAAUUAAAGACUUUGAAGCUUGGAACUCUGCAGGUGGGCCAGAGGAGCAAGAAGCUCAUCCCUCUGAUCAACAACAGUCUGUCUUCCUUGACCUUCUCUCUCAUCUUCACACCAUUUGCACAGACUCUCCUGAACUCUAAGGUCCUGUCAGUGAAUCCAAGUGGGGAGGUGACAUUGAAAGGUAGAGGGGGAAAGUGUGUGGUGGAGGUGCUCUUCAGCCCUCAGCAACGCAUGACCCCCUUCAGCGAGGAGGUGCAACUAAAGUGUUUAGGAACCAUGCAUCCCCUACUGGUGCUGAAAGGCUGCUGCCAGGGUGUGGAGGUUACACUGGACCAGAACUACUUGUCAUUCGGAGGUGUGGCCCGGCAAGGCCAAGCCACACGUCAGAUUACGCUGCAAAAUACAGGAGACAUUGGGGCUAGGUUCAUGUGGGAUGCCAAGGCCUUUGCUCCGGACUUCAGUAUCUGCCCAGCUGAAGGUUAUAUCUGCCCAGGAAUGGAGGUGCCUUUGGUGGUGACUUUUGCUCCUGUGGAGGUCAAGCAGGAUCUGUACUAUAACAUUUUCUGCUCUAUAGAGGGGGGCAAGCCUUUAACUCUUACCCUUGCUGGCUCCUGCAUUGCGCUCCCAGUUGCCAAACAGGUGCUUAAUUUUGUGUGUCAGGUCCGUAGUCAUUGCACUCAGUCUGUGAGUUUAUCUAAUAAUACCAACCAGCCCUGGCAUCUGAAGCCUGUGAUUGAGGGUGAAUAUUGGAGUGCUUCACUCUUCUUCUUCAUUGAGCCCUACCAGCAAAAUAAAGCCUAUGAGAUCACCUAUAAGCCCUUGGCCAUGACCACGAAUGGCAAAAAGCACCUGGGCUCCGUGUUUUUCUCUUUACCUGAUGGAUCAAGCAUGCUGUACCCCCUACAGGGCACAGCAGAGCCACCUCUAGCUGUGAGCACAAUUAACCGUGAAGUACCUUGCAAGACAUCCUACACAGAGAUUGUCCCUGUUCAUAACUGGUUGCCCAAACCUCAGAGAUUCCGUGCUAUAGUGGAGAUAAUUAAACCAGAACAUCCUGACAGCACAGUCUUGCUGAAGGGGCUUGAUUAUGUGGAUGUUUCAGCGUUGAGUAAAAGGGAUUACAAAAUCUCCUUCUUCAGCUACAAGGAAUGCCAAUACAAUGCCAAACUGAUCUUUAAAAAUGAGUCCACAGGGGAGUACCAGUUUUACUACCUGAACUUUAAGGCCACACCUCCUGGAGUGAUCAGCGCUAUUGAGAUGGUCACAGUGGUUAGGCAGAUGACUUCAGGCUGUGUAAAAUUGGAAAAUCCUCUACCCAUGAACCUGUUGUUCACAACCGAGUGCCGCAGUUCCGAUGUCAAUGUGCAACCUCAGUUCUUAGUGCCUGCACAAUCUACGGAAACCUUGAGGUUUGACUACCAGCCUCUCCGUCCAGGUGAAACUAAAACACGGCUCAUGCUGUCUAACAGUGAACUGGGUUAUUUUCACUAUGAGCUUUUACUCCGUGCACUUCCUGCUCCUCCUGAGAAACCCCUUUACUUCAGAGCACCACUGGGCAGUGGGCAAUAUCUCACUGCCAAGUUCACCAGCUAUUCCCGUGUCAAAACUGAGUACACUUGCAAGACAGACCAUCCGGACUUCAGCGUGGAAAAAAAUGUAAUCAUAGUGGCAGCAAGCUCCCAAUCAGGCACUGAUGUGAGUGUGGAAGUCUACUUUGAGCCCUGCCAAUUAGGUGAGGUGCGAAGCCAACUGACCAUAUCAUCCAGCACUGGAGGGGAUUAUGUGUUCCCUCUGUAUGGAACAUGCAUCCCUCCCAAAGCCCAGGGCCCCUUGGUCAUCCGUGCUGGCUCCAACAUCUCUAUUGCCUUUAAGAAUGUCUUCAUGGAGACCACAGCCUUUUCUUUUCAAGUGGAUAACCCAGCCUUUACAAUCAAGGGCCUGGACACCAUUCGCUCAAAGAAGACUCAACAAAUCCUUGUGAGCUUUGAGAGCCCUCAGCAAGGCUCCAAGGUCCCCUGCACAGGAAAACUUAUCAUCUCCAGUCCACGCACAGAGGGCCAUGGCCAGUGCCUCUCCUGGGUAUAUUACCUGAAGGGCAUCACUUCAGAGCAGCCUCAGAGAGAGAUGAUGUCAUAA